UUACCCUCCAUUUCAAAUCUUAUUCCCUCUCCCAUCCCUUUUCAUAUACUCCUCUCCCAAAGUCCGAAUCUCUCCCCCAGUCGCAAACCCGUCUCUCCCAAUCUCUCCCAAUCCACCGUCUCACCGUCGCCGGAAUAUUCUCUACAGUUUCCCGGUUAACUUCUCUUUACGUCUCCCUCACUAUCUAAUUAGUUGAUUUGGCCCAGAGCUUCGAUUUUUUCUCAGGGGUUGUUGAAGAUCUGAGGAUUGGGUUUGAAUUUUCGCCUGAAAUUCUCGCCGUGGACGGAGAUGUCCGCGUCUUCGACGUAUUGGUGCUACCGAUGCGACAGGUUUGUCAGAUUUUGGGGCCCGGAUUCAGUGACUUGCCCGGAUUGCGACAGUGGGUUCAUCGAGGAAAUCGACGCUUCGACCAGAUCCUUGCUCCCGGAAUCGCGCCGGAGUCGUUUCCCGACGCUGGCCUCGGAUUUGAACGUCGGGUCGGGUUCCGGUUCCAGCCCGCGCGUUCGAAGGAGCAGGAGGAACGGGGGCGACCGCUCGCUGUUCAACCCUAUUAUUGUGCUCCGCGGGUCGGGCGACGGCGGUGACGGUGGCGUAGUUGACGGCGGUGGCGGUGGAGGAUUCGAGUUGUUCUACGAUGACGGGGCGGGGUCAGGGUUGCGGCCGUUACCGGCCAGCAUAUCGGAUUUCCUUCUCGGGUCGGGUUUCGACAGGCUUCUGGAUCAGUUGACCCAUAUGGACGCUAACGGUCUGGGCAGAGACGACGACCCGCCGGCUUCGAAAUCGGCGAUCGAGUCACUCCCGACGAUCGAGAUCGUCCGAUCCCACGUCUCCGCAGAGCCCCAUUGCGCCGUCUGCAAGGAAGCCUUCGAGCUCGGGAACGAAGCUCGCGAAAUGCCCUGCAAGCAUCUCUACCACUCCGAUUGCAUUCUUCCCUGGCUCUCCCUGCGCAAUUCCUGCCCCGUCUGCCGCCACCGGCUGCCGGCGGACACCCAAAGAACCUCCGGCGACCCAAACCCACGCACAGGGGCUGACGACGACACUGUGGGAUUGACAAUAUGGAGACUGCCCGGAGGUGGGUUCGCCGUGGGGAGGUUUUCCGGCGGGGAGCGAGAGCUCCCCGUGGUCUACACAGAAAUGGACGGCGGGUUCAACAACAAUGGAGCUCCGAGGCGGAUUUCAUGGGGGAGCAGCGGAACGGUGUCUAGACAGAGUGGUGGGUUUAUUAGGAGAGUUUUCCUCAAUGUCUUCUCGUGCUUGGGUGGGUCGAGCUCUAGAUCAAGUUCAAGAACCAUUCGCAGUAGUUUGGUGCCAUCUUUUUUCAGCUCUGCUUCAAGAAGACGAAGGAGAUUGGGUUUGUGACUCCAUUAAUGGAGAGCUCAAGAGAUGGCACUGUAAAUGACUGGUUUCAGAGCAAUUUUGACUCAAUGGUAAAAACAUCAAAACUAGCAAAGUCACUAUGAAAGUGUGGAUUAAGAUAGUCAUUGAUUGAUUGGUUACAUUGUAAGAUGGUGUUUUGGGAACAAAUUUUGAACUUCUGUUUAGUCCAAAUGGAGUAUUUUUAUGGUUUAUAACUUCAAUUCCUUCAAAUGUGCAAAAUAGAUGCUAAAGUAGCAAGUCACUAUGAAAUAAUUAGAGCCUAUGCAAUGGCAUGGCAAAUCAUUGCCUUGCCCUGCCAUUAAUGGAGUGAAGAGGAUACAAUGGGUCGGUGAGGAAAAAAUUGACAUGCAUGGCAUAGCGCGAGGCACCCCUAUUUGCGAGGCAGGCUCGAGGCAAACCAUUCCUUUUUCUUUCUUGUUGAGGAGUUUUUUUUUUUGUUUUUUUUUGUAACCCUCCAAUCCACUUUUCAUGGCACUGCAUGUUAGUUGGCUAGCUUUUUCAUUCUUCUUUCUCACCCAACAUUUUUUCAUAACUAAAAAUAUAAACCUACUUUUUAAAAGUAUUAUAAUCCUUUUUUCUAAAACUAUACACACACAGAUGUAUUAAAACUAAACAUUUUACCCAAGCCUAUGCAGUUUUGCCAAAUUUAAUACUCCGUAGAUAAUUACAAUAAUUUUGAAUAAUUAAAUUUGAUGGAAACCGCUUUUUCGGGGCGCCGACCCGAUGAAAUCGGUACCGGGUCGGCACCGCACCGAAUAGCAAAAUCCGGAAAUUAAAUAAAUAAAUAAAGCGGAGAGAAAGUAUUUAUACGUGGAAACCCAAAUCGGGAGAAAACCACGGGCCUUUUUAGGCGGUGCCAUGCCAAAGGGGAGGAACUUUUAUUAAUCUCGGGGGAAUUUACAUAUAU